AUGGCGAACAAUCUCAAUGUUACAUGUUCAAUUUCAUUCACCGAUUUCCCCGAAGAUGUUCAGCUUUGCAUCCUCUCGUUUCUCGGCCCCACCGAGAUCGCUUCGUUUGCAUGCACCUCGAAGCAAUUCGGUUCACUCUGUUCAAACGAUGGUAAACUAUGGUUCACGCUUUGCGAUCGAAGGUGGGGUUCGAAAACCCAAAUCGUGAAAUGGGGUGAAGGUAAAAUUCCGUAUAAACUUCUUUACAAUACUCUUCAUGAAUGGGAGAAUCUCAUUGGUUUCUGGCGGAGAAGCGGUCCGGGAAGUGCAUUGAUUUCGUCGCCCUCGUUGGUUUUCUUCGAGUGGGGGCCGUCGUUCAUUUUGGCUUUUAGGGUUUCUCCUGUUGAAUCGGGAUCUGAGAUUUUUGCUUAUCAGGUAAAAAAGGUGCCUUUUUUGAAGAUGGGUAUUUCUCAAGAGGGACAAAUUCUGAAUCUUUUGGAUCCUGAUGGUAGAGCUGAUUUGAAUUUGAAUUCUGGGGAUGGGAAUGAAUUGAUUCCUGUGAAUGUUUGUUUUAUGGGGAAGACUCAUUUUGUUUUGGAGGAGAAUGUGUUUGGGAGUAAUUCGAGUCCCGUGCAUUUUAGUGGUGAGGAUUGUGGUUUCUUUGGAGAGGAUGGGAUUGGAAUUGGGGUUGGGAGUGGAUCUCCGCCGGAUCUGAUUAUGUUGGAGAUUUAUCAGCAUUUGGCGAACAGGACUAGUCCUGGAAGCGACAGAUCAAGGAGGCAUAGGAGGAAGGAGAAGGGAAGGAUGGCUAGAAGAAAAUGGGAGCCUGAGCAUUUUGUCAAGAUUGUGAAUUGCUCGCCGACGGCGUUGCGGCCUUUGCAAGGCCUUUGGAAGGGGAUUUGUGCAGACAUGAGUUUAGCAUUUUACCUUGUGGCUUAUGAUGACAUUGGUGGCAUUGCCUGCCGUCGGCUUGGAGAUCCUCCUCAACGUUUCUCAACCUAUGCCCCGGUUUUCUGGACGUCCAAUGCUACAUUUAUGGAAUCUCCCUUUCCUCUAGAGGAAGAAUCUCUGUAUGGCAGCCGCAUUCAUCUACAACCUGCUCAACCACACAAUGAAAAUCAUGAGCAGUUCCCUAUGUCGGACAUUGAAGGGGAAAAUCACAUUCAGCAGUUCCAUUUGUCUGACAAUGAAGUGGUGAACCGAAUUCUUCUCAUAAACGCAAGUUAUGAUUUAGUUAUUCCUGACCUUGCUGCUGGAACAAUAAAUCCAAGGAGUGCUGAGGGAAGGAUUUGGCAGUACCAGGAUGGUACUUUUGGAUUUGGGUUUGUUCGAGACAACUUUGUCAUAGACAUGAAAAAUAUUGUCUGUGAUGGUUGUAUCAUUGAUGCAGUAAGCCCUUCUUCUGAUUAA